AUGGCUUUGAGAAACAUUGCUGCUCUGGUUUUGUUUGUGAUGAUGGUUUUGUGUGGUGCUUGUUCUGGUGCUGUUUAUAGGGUUGGUGAUUCUGAUGGCUGGACUUCAAGAGGUCUUGUUGAUUACAACAAGUGGGCUUCAAGGAAAGAUUUUCACGUCGGCGACACCCUUAUUUUUGCUUACAACAAUCAAUUCCACAACGUGAUGCAAGUCUCUGAUCAAGACUUUCAAUCUUGCAAUGCGACGUCUGCUAUCGCAACAUACACCUCUGGCUCUGACACCUUCACCCUCAAAAGGCCCGGCCACUUUUACUUUCUUUGUGGUGCUCCUGGCCAUUGCCAAGCCGGACAAAAGGUUGACAUCAAGGUCACUCUGCCUGUUCCAGAAAGUUUGAUCCCAAGUCCAAGCCCAUCACCUUAUGGAUCCUCAUCUUCAGCCUCUCAUCAAGAAGAGAUGUCACCAAGGUCAACUCUAAGCAGUGCUCCAACUCUGAACUCUUGCAAGCUUGGAUUUGCUGUUACUGCUUUUAUGUUAGUCAUGGCUUUGAGAAACAUUGCUGCUCUUGUUUUCCUUGUGAUGAUGGCUUUUUGUGGUGCUUGUUCUGGUGUUGUUUAUAGAGUUGGAGACUCUGAUGGCUGGACUUCGAGAGGACUUGUUGAUUACAACAAGUGGGCUUCAAUGAAAGAUUUUCAUGUCGGUGACAUGCUAAUUUUUGCUUACAACAAUCAAUUCCACAACGUGAUGCAAGUUUCUGGUCAAGACUUUGAAUCUUGCAAUGCAUCUGCUAUCUCAACAUACACCUCUGGCUCUGACACCGUAACCCUUAAAAGGCCUGGCCACUAUUACUUUCUUUGUGGUGCUCCUGGCCAUUGCCAAGCCGGACAAAAGGUUGACAUCAAGGUCACUCUCCCUGUUCCAGAAAGUUUGAUACUAAGUCCAUGCCCGUCACCUUAUGAAUUCUCAUCACCUUCAGCCUCUCAUCCUGAAGAGAUUUCACGAAGCUCAACUUUUAGCAGUGCUCCAACUCUUAACUUUUUAAAGCUUGGAUUUGCUAUUACCGCUUUUAUGUUAAGUCUUUUGCGUUUUGUAUUCUAG